AUGCGCUCGAUAACUCUUCUCGCUCUCGGCGCGUCUGUAGUCCGCGCACAACUCGCCCUUCCCAAUCCGGCUUGGCAGCCCCCCAAUCCGAGUAACGGCGCCCAGAAGUCCAAUUCGACUUCGAAGCCUAACCCGCAGUGGUCGAACCUGUUGGGUGACUUGCUGUAUUUCUAUGAGGCUCAGCGUAGCGGAACGUUGCCGUCCACGAACCGCGUGUCAUGGAGGAACAGCAGUGCCAUACAGGACGGCGACCUCGAGGGCGGCUACUACGAUGCGGGAGACUACAUUAAAUGCACAUUUCCCCUUUCGUUCUCCCUCAUGUCUAUAUGCUGGGGUGCGAUAGAUCACGGCCAAGGCUACGACAUGGCUAACCAAACGGCUUAUCUCGAUGACAUGUUGCGCUGGGGCCUUGACUGGCUCGUCAAGGCUCACCCGAACAACGAUACCCUUUACGUCCAAGUUGCUGAUGGAAACCUCGAUAACGCCUACUGGGGUGGCGACUUGAGUAUACCCUAUCCACGACCAGCAUAUCAGAUUAAUGCGACCCACCCUGGCACAGAUGCGGCGGCACAAGCAGCAGCAGCCUUUGCCAUGUGCUCAAACCUCUACGCUAAUCGCACUCUCGGAUCGUCCUACACCGCUCCUGCCUCCUUACAGAACGCGACCUACGCCUCUACAUUGCUCACGCACGCGGAACAACUUUAUGGCUUCGCCAUCAACACUUCCACACACAAGCAGCAGAAGUAUCAAGAAGCGGUCCCGCAGACGGCGUACCCAUCCUCAUCAUACGGGGAUGAUCUUGCAAUUGCAGCUCUUACGCUCGCAUGGGCUACGAACUCGAGCGACCUUUUCAGCGCUGCACAAGGCUACUAUGACCAAUACGACCUCGCGACGAAUGAUAGCGUCUUCAACUGGGACGCCAAGGCUCCCGGCGUGAACGUUCUGGCGGCUCAACUCGCUCAUGCGAACUCGAUCUUCUCAGCAAACGUGUCGGCCUGGCAGUCCCGUGCGGAGGCUUACUUUGACCAUGUAAUCGAAAGCCAAGACACAACCAGUGGAGGUUUGCUCUGGUGGCAAGGGGAUUCGGAUGACGCCUCCUUGAACCCUGCUCUGAACUUCGCGAUGCUGCUCCAGCGAUAUGUUCCUCUUGGUUCAAGCUACGCCAAGCAAGCAUCUUAUCUUGAUGUCGCCCAAAGGCAGCUCGACUAUGUGCUGGGAUCCAACCCGAUGCAUGUGCCCUACGUUGUCGGGGUGAACCCUAACUCGCCCUCAAACCCACACUCUGCCGCGGCAAGCGGUGGGGACAACGUCACCGCUAUUGAUACUGAUCCCGAACAAGAGGCCUAUAUCCUUUACGGCGCGGUCAUUGGCGGUCCUGAUAGACAGGACCGCUACUUUGACUUGCGCAGUGACUGGGUUGAGACAGAGGUCGCGCUGGACUACAAUGCACCCAUGCUAACGCUUGUCGCUAUGCAUGUCGCCAACGACACGACAGAUCCCUUCUACACGAGUCUCCAAGGUGGCGCUUACGAUUCUGUCAAGCCCAGUGGGACCCCCUGUGACGACGCCAUGCCCUGUGCAGCGACCGGCCAUCUUUCGACAGGGGCGAAGAUUGCGAUUGGUGUGUGCACUGUAGGGUUCCGUUAG